UGACCCAUGUACAAAAAUCUCUCUUUUCUUCGCAUCUUGAACUUUUGACUAUUCAGUUCAAAGUGGAAUCAUCGACUUUUUCCAAUCUUAUUAUUUUAAAUAUGACAACCAGACCAACUCCUCAAGACAAAAUUUGUAAUUCAACCACGUGCUUAUUAUGUCGAGAUUGUUGGGAUGAUCCUGAUCGUUUGUGUGGUCUCAUAAUAAUAUUCAUAGCAUUGUUAUUCACAGUCAUCAUUAUUCUCAACAAAGUCUUUCAGUCUGCAUCUCCGAGGAACUCCCUUUUCAUUGUUUUAACGCUAAUCAUUUGGGUAAUCGGAACUGCGUUACUGAACGUACCUGGUGAAUGGAUCGAUCGCGUCAUUGCUGUUAAUGUGACCUCCGUUGUUACGAUUGUUGCCAUUUUAUUGGGUGUAAAACUGAAAGACUCCACACGAAAAUGGAGAAUAGUGUUAUUUUCUUUUUUUGCUGUUUAUUUGUGGCAGCUGCAAUCACUUUCUUUGUCCUGAUCAAAACUCGCGAGAUUCAUCGUGGAAUUUUACAUAUGCAGUUCUGUCGUUGAUUUGCUGGUGCUGUGCAAUUUUCAAUAUGAUUUCCUUGACCACAUAUUAUUUGGUGAAAAACCGCAAAUCGGAAGAAUACUCUGUAUUGUAUAUGACUUUAGUAUCUUCGUUCGAGUUUAUGAUUCUGCUGAUUAUUUCAGAAUUACAUGUCAAUUAUUACUACCGUUGUUGCAACAUAUACAUGAACAAUACUUGUCCACCAAUUAAAUUUUCCCCGG